AUGGCAUUGAAUACUGUUGUUAUUGUUGAAUUUGGUGCUCAAAAACAACGAGUUUCUCUUGAUAUAAAUAGUUCUUACAAAGAUAUAUGCGAACAAAUCUAUUCACUUUUUAAACUUGAUUUUACUAAAUCAAAAUAUAUUCUUCAACGACAAGAUCCUUUUAAAUCUGGAUUAUUUGUCAAUAUUGAUGAACGUACAUUUAUAAACGAUUUAAAAUAUAAUCCAGCAAAUAAUAAUAAAAAUUCUGUUACAAGACUUCGUCUUGUGCCAACUAACUCGAUAAAUUCGUCAAAACCAAUAAAUGGACAUGUUAAUGGUGAAAAAGCAUGGUCAACAUCAUCACAAUGUCUACAAGAUGAAAGUGAUCGUACGAGUGUAACUUCAGCAACAACAAUUGAUAUUAAACAAUUAAUAAAAAAAUGUUUAACAAAUCUAAAAGAAACAACGGAAAACAUUCAAUUACUUGAUCGUUGUCUUCAUCCAGAAGAUUACAUUGAUAAUGAAUCUCCAUCAACAAAUAAAUCAUUAUCAAAUAAUGAUAUAAAUCGUCAGAUUUCACAAGUAUUAUCCACAUCUAAUUCACAUAUACCUACAUCAAAUAUUGUUGAUGAACUUGUUCCUGCUCUCAAUCAUUUAAUGAAUAUACAACAACCAUUAUCACUUUCGAGGAAUAAAUCUAUUGAAUCUCCAUCUGUACUUCCACAACCGAUAGUUAACAAUCAGAUACAAACACCAACACCUACAACAAAUGUGCCAUCGAGAUCAACAAAUAAGUCUUUCAGUAAUCGACUUGGUACGACAGUACCAUCAAAUCAAUCGCAAAAUUCAAGUGUUCAAGAAUCCAGACCAAUCUCUACUUCACAAAAACCAAAAUCACCAGUUACUGUUAAACAAUCAACAGUUUUACCAAAGAAUAAAAUUCAAAAUGAACCAAUUUUAAAGGAGACUUUACCAACGACAACAUCUAAAUGUAAAAUUCAAUUAAAACAAUUUGAAUCAGGUACUACUAUCGAAGGUAUUGUGUCCGUUGCAUCAAAUGCAUCGUAUUUCUUUUUACAACUUAUUGAUCAACAAAAAGAUGAAUUUGAUUAUUUAUCAAAAAAUUUACAUGAAUAUUAUUCAAAUCUUGAUAAAAAUUCUCAUUAUCGUCCAUCACCUGGUGAUUUUUGUGUUGCAAUGUAUACGGAAGAUGCUCGAUGGUAUCGAGCACGUAUUAUACGAUAUAUCUCAGAUCAAAUAUGUGAAGUAUUCUAUAUUGAUUAUGGUAAUAUGGAAGAAUUACCAAUUGAUUUAGUACAUGAAAUUUCAUCUGAUUUUACUCGGUUACCUGCUCGCGCUAUUGCAUGUACAAUAGCUGAAAUAUUACCACCAAUUGGACAAGAUGGUUGGACAAAACGAGCAACAUUUGCAUUUGCUUCACGUUGUAGUAAUGAACGUGUUCAAGCAACUGUUAUUGCAUCAACAAAUCUUAAAUGGCCGAUGCAUAUUGUUCAACUUCGUGUAUCGAAAUCACAAGAGGAUAUUGGAGCUGCACUUGAAAGUUGUA